GCCGGAACGGAUCGCAGACGUUGUGAAAGCGCGUGUCUCGAUUGCCAUCCUCCAGUCAAGAAAUUUUAAACAGCCAGACCUACACACACAUACAACACUCACGCAUACACAUCCAAUCAAAUUCACAGACAUUGCAAAAAAGAAAAUUCAAUUUUUUAGAGCAUCCCAUUAAUAGUAUAUUUUAAAUAAAAUACAAACACUUUUGGCCAAAAUGUCACUGAUACCCUUUAUAAUGGAUCUGGCCCACGAGCUGGAGAAUUAUACGGUGCGCAUGAAUGAAGCGAUGGAUAUUGAGGAGGUCGGCUGCGGUAUGUAUCCAUUGGAGCAGCUGGCCGCCACGCAAUCACAGCAGCAGUCGCAGCAUCCACACCCACAAUUGUCGCCAUCGGCUCGUCGAGCAGCACGGCUGGCCGCCGCUAUUUCCCCCUCUGCUGCAGCAUCUUCGCUUCUGUGGGUGCCCAUUCGGAGUCAUCAGCACUCGUUGUCCCAUCAUCAGACGUCGCAUCGUCAUCAUCCCUACGGCGCCAAGACUGUCUGCUGUAAUAAGUCUGUGCUGGAAUUGGAAAAGGAAUUGGCCGAGAAGCUCAUUGGCAACUCCUCCAAUGCCGCAGCCCCAUCAAUGGCUAGCAAAUCUUCGGCCUAUUCUUUGGCCAAUCGUAAUGGUUUCCAGGUGAGCAUGAAUGUGAAGCAAUUUGCACCUCAGGAGCUGACAGUGAAGCUCAUCGAUAACUCCAUUGUGGUUGAGGGUCAGCACGAUGGUAAGCAGGAUGGUCAUGGCAUUAUUUCGCGUUAUUUCAAACGCAAUUAUCCACUACCCGAGGCUUUUGUCGCAGCCGAUGUGCAGUCGUUGAUUUCAUCGGAUGGUGUGCUAACGGUGAAGGCGACACCACCGUUGCCGCCACCACCACCACCACCCACAACAACAACAUCGGCAGCUUCUCUUGGGAGAGGAGCGGGCGAAGAGCGAAUUAUUGACAUACAGCUGUUGGGUGGACCGGCCCAAAUGCAGCAACAACAACAACAACAGCAGCAGCCUCCGCAGUCGCAGCCGCUGCAGCAGCAACAACAACAACCGAAGGAUGUACAGACACCAAAAUGUGCUGCUGGUAGUGCUGCUCCAGCUGCUGCAGCCAAUAGCGAGAAUGAGCAGGCAAUUGUCGCUCCUACUCCCUCUCCCACUCCCAUUGCAGUUGCAGCCACCGUCGCUGUUGCUGUCGCCGCUGUGGAGCAAAAGAAGAGCGAAGAAGAGCGCAAUGGCAAUGCUGCCAUUGCUGAAAUUGCAACUGUAAAAGAGACAGAGCCGUCGUCAGUGGAAACUUCCAAUGCUAACAAUGGGGUUGCUACUCCUUCUGCUCCCAUCAAAGCUGCUGAAGCUGCCGAACAGGCCAAAUCCGAACCUAUGGAGGUGGCUGAGACUAUUUCAGCUGCUCCUCAAACUGCCACCGACAAGGAGGUAGCCAAAAAAUCAACUGCUACUAAUGCUGUUGAGGAGUCCUCUCAAGCAGCCAACAAUAAUGUAACAAACAAUACCAACAAGGACGACGCUGAGAAUGUCGCACCCGAAGAUGUGGAGAAAGUGUCCAACACCACUAACCUUAAGGGCGCUGAGGAACUGGCCGCUGCCGAUGCGGCCAUACUUUUGGCCAAGAAUCAAAACCAGAGUGGCGAAAAUGGCGCCGCUGGUGCUGUCGCUGAUGUUGUCGCCGCCGCUAAAAGUGAGGAGCUGGUCAAGUAAAUGAAAAGUAAUUGAAAAGAGACUGAUUCCUUAAAAUGCAAGAAAAGGCUGCAAAAAAAAAAAACAUAAGACAAAUGACAUGCGUUUUUUAUUCCAUAAAUGGUUUUUAUGUGUUUUUUUCGUACUUUACUUACCGAUCAUGAUUAUACAUACAAUGAAUGGCUAGAUUGAUGAUA